UUUCUUUAUAUCUCUAAAAUCUUUCUCUUUGAUCUAAAUAUUGUUUCUUCUAGUUAAUUAUGAAUUUUAAUAGAUGUUUGUUCAAUUCUAAUAAAAUCAGUGAAAUAAUGUAAUAAAGUAAAUAAAAACGCAACUGCGCUACGCGUAUAAUAGUAAACAUUUCCUUCAAUGAGUGUUAAAUAUUCGUAGAUUUUAUUCUUUUGAAAGUGCAUUCACUAAACUUUCUUUUAUGUAAAUGUGAAAAUUCGAUUACAACAUCGUAUUACAUAUCUUAUAUUCAUUGUACGGGAGUGUAGCAAGGUGUAAACAAAGUAUCGCCGGCAUCGUAUGUUCUAGAUGUCGACGCGCAAUACGCGUGAUCAUGAUAUUUUGGCAUUGACUAAAUGAACAUGGAACGUCUAUCUCAUGACUUAAACCUGGCGCUGGAGGAAAGUAACUGCGGCAGGCAGGAGCGUAGGAAGCUAGGGCUCCGGAGACGCACCAGGUCUGCGGGGAAUCUGCCUGCCGCAGUGACAGUGAGCCUGGUUGACGAUGGCAGCUCCAGCAGCCCGCCUCAGGCGCCUCUCAUUACGCAACCACUAUCUGACUCUGACGACCCUCACGUCAACAUACACACAUCGGCAAUCAAGUCAAGACAUUACUGUCAAAUUGGCAAUUUCGAAUCUGACUCGUUCAAUGAAAAUUUCUCACCCACUAGACCAGCGAAUACAAGAAGGAAACGGAGGUUUAAGAAGAUGCCUGUGGACUAUUCUGAUGGGAAACACUCGCCGCCGAUUGAAAUAUUGAGCGUCAGUACGGAACCUAAUGCCUUGCCGGCUACAAUAACACUUCAAGCCCCACGGCUAUCACCGCUUAUACAUGUUUCUAAACAUAAGCAAGAGAGAAAUGCUUUUUGCGGUAAAAGAAAAUGGUCACAUCGGGACAAAGGCGAUUCUUGCGAAAUGAGAGAACGGUCGUUCAGUGGGGGCUGCUCUUCGAAGUCUGUGUUUUUCAAAAACGAUUUUAAAUCCAGAAAACAUGACAGUGAGAAAAAACGAAAAGAGUCUCUAUUGCAGCCUGGGAAGAUCAUUCUGAAAUCGCAAAAUCCAGACGAAGCCAAACCUGCAAACUUUACAAAUACUCCAUCACUGCCGGGCAGUUCUAGUUUCAACUUUGUGUACAAAAACUCUAAAAACGGCACUCCUACUUUAUCCAAAAUCACUGGUUAUAAAAUAACCACUGAUUUGCCACCAUUCUUCAGUCCAUCGUGCAGUAGUAGCGAUGGGAAAUACAACAGAAAAAUUAAAGUACUAAAUAAAACACACCCACAGACUUCACUACGAAAUCCUUUGAAUUUUGAUGAUAAUACUGGGGGAAUGGAUUGUGGAGACGAAAGUAGCUCUCUCAGUAGCAGUGAUUCGGAUGCGGGGGGGCAUAAUGGUAGUGACGGGGAAGGGGACGAUGAACUUACAGACUGGCCAGGGAUCGAAGAACUGAAGGUUUUUAACAAGAGCCUCACGUUUAAAUCUUCCAAAUCAGUCAACAACAACUUCACAAAAUCCAUAAGUAACAUGCCUCCUCCUAAGAGGCUAAAGAAAGAGUGCGGGCAAACAAAAAACUUCUGGGCGGGUUCCAAGAGCAGGUUUAAGAAAAAACGCGCAAAAGUUGACUCGGGAAACGAUGAUGACGCAAUGAUGUCUGAUUCUAAAACCAUCGUCGACGUCGAUGACGAAGACUCCAGAGACCCGAAAGAUGUUUUACCCCAUUCUUCCUUCACAACAUUUAGUGAUCUAAAAAACGCCGGGCCCUCAGCCACAAAUACGGACCAAACGUUUUUUCGGUCAUUUCAAGCGUUUCAAGAGAAGAAAGAGGGCAAGGAAGAAUUUGUGUCGACACCGCGAACGAAUUUCUCACUUCAGAAAACGUCGUCGAGUGAUCUCAAUUUGAGCGAGAAGUCGCCGCAAAGCGAUCAUUAUUUUAGCGAACAUUCUAUGGGAAAUAAUGUCGUUACAGAAGUUAGAGAGAUUCGAGCUGGGUGUAGACGAAUACGGGAAGAAAGGCCUGGAUUCUUAAUACUUAGUGCGGCAAAUGAGCAAUUGUCUAGAUUUCUGCAGGAUUCUUGUCAGACUGAGCUAAAACUGCCGAGCCUACAAGAUCCAGAGGAGAGGGAAAAGCUAGAGUCGCUCGCGAAACUUUACUCGUUAGAGAUGCAAGUGGAGUUGGGACGACCGGUACUGAGGAAGACUAGUAACACAAUGCAAGCAGUCCGCGUCGAACACUCAUACCACAAUUUUCCAUCCGACCACAAGAGACGUUGUUACGGCGAAGACGCAGACUCCAGUCUAAGCCUGAGCGAUCCCAACUCAGUCAGUUCGAUCAAUGAUUUGGAACAAGACUUCGACAAAAACUGUGAUACACUCAAGAAAAAUGAGAAAAGUGUACACAUAACUGAUAUUAAUGACGCUCUCAUUGAUAAGACGUUGUUACACCAUCCGGGAGAUUUAGAUUAAGCUUCUUUCUGGAAAAUGGCACAAGACAUUUAAGGAAGGAAGGUUUAGGAUUGCUGAAGGAAAUAAAUCAUGGAAGAGAAGGACAAACAUCUAGAAAAGUUUAGAAAAUGUGUCUUGUACAUUAUUAACACACAUUAUUAUAAUGUUUGAUUCCAAAUGAAAGAGACACAAAAAUUGGCAUGGUUGGAAUGACUUCAAACUCGCUUUACGUUAGUAGUGAAUAUAAAUACUCUAUUGGCAAAUUUUUCAGGCUAUGAGAUACUUAAAUAGUUUGUCUACAUUGUAUAAUGAAAAAUUUAAAGACAGAUGUUUCAUUGAAUAAUUAUAUAAAAAUAAGGGCUGAUUUUUCAAUCCUUGGUUAAAACUUAUUCAUCGAAUAACAAACUAUAAACUACCAUUUCAAAAA